UUACGAGGGUUAAUAUUUAUGAUCUUUUUAUUUUUAUGGAUUUUGUGUCUUUUUUUUAAUUUUGUUUUUUUGUUUAUUUUUUCUUUUUUGAUUCCUUUAGCUAUAUAUUUUGUUUCUUUGAUUUUUUCUUAUAAAGAUUAUUAUGUCGGGAAAUUAAGGUCUUAUGAAUGUGGUUUUGAUGUGGUUGGUGGAAAUUGUUUUAGUUUUAAUGUUGUUUUUUUUUCUAUUAUUUUGAUUUUUGUUGUUUUUGAGUUAGAGAUUGUUAUUUUUUUUAUUUUGAUUUAUGGUGAUUUUUAUAGUGUGGUUUGUUUUUUUUUGUUUUUUUUUUAUAUUGUUUUUAGUUAUUAUAUAGAGUGAUAUUAUUGUAAGUUAACUUGA